AAUCCUCCUCUUUUGAUGACUUCCCACGUCAUAAAAAAAGCGGGAACCUUCCCUUCAUCCCUCCCCAACUCAGGAGAACUUUCAAGAAACGACUCUCAAUGCCACGUGUCAACAGUCCGCACCGUUAUAAAAUCCUCCUCCCGCUCGUCGUUGUCCAAAGAUCUCGAAUCUCGGCAUCAAACUUCCUUCUGGAAACGUAAACGCUCAGCAACGAAGAUGCAGACAUUCGUUAUAUGCGCCGUUACUCUCCUGCUUCUCGCCUUCACGUCGCCGCUAGAGGGGUCGCUGAUUCCGUUACUGGACCGUCCGGGGAAUGUCCUGUCGGAGCUGUGGCAGGACAGGUUCCCCGAUCCGUUCCGUGUUCUCGAGCAAAUCCCGUUAGGCAUCGAAAAGGAAGAGCUGGCAGCCUUGCCCGCCAGGGUCGACUGGAAAGAGACACCCGAGGCGCACGUUAUCAUGCUCGAUGUACCUGGUGUGAAGAAAGAGGAAGUGAAGAUCGAGGUGGAUGAGAAUCGGGUGCUGCGUAUAAGUGGAGAGAGAAAGAGAGAGGUGGAGAAGAAGGACGGGCACUGGCAUCGAGUGGAGCGUUCUUAUGGAAAGUUUUGGCGCCAAUUCCGAUUGCCUGAGAAUGUAAAUUUGGAGAAUGUGAAGGCUAGAUUGGAAGAUGGAGUGCUGACUGUUACCUUGGCCAAGCUGUCACCUGACCAGAUCAAGGGUCCCAAGCUUAUUAGCAUUGAAGCCGAGGAGAAGGAGAAGCUUGGGGAUGGUAGCCAUAAGAAGGUUGAGCUUUGAUUUCACACGGGUGUAAUGUAGGCACGUGUAGUGUAAGGUUGUAGGCUUGGAGAGGAUGGAGUUUGGGACGUCUAUGCAUAAAUGAUGUAAUGAAGUAAUAAGAGAGGAAAUGUCUUUUUGAGUU